AUGAAUGCAUCACAUUACUAUGCAAUCCAAACAAUUUUGGAAUUUGCAAAGCAAGCAACUAGCCUUCACAUCAUCCAAUUCGGUGGUAGACGAGCCAUUCAUUUUAUGCCCCUCAUUCAACAACUCUCUCAAAGACCCUGUGGCCCUCCGAAGCUUCGCAUCACUUCAAUAGACUUUCCUGAGCAAGGUUUCGAGCCAACUGCCAUUGUUGAACGAGCAAGGCAUUGCUGGGUAAACUGCUGUAAGAAGUUUAACGUUCCCUUUGAAUACCAUGGUAUGACACAAAAAUGGGAAGCUGUUGACCCUGAGGAUCUAAAAAUUCACAAAGAUGAAGUGCUAGUUGUUAUGUGCUCAUACUUGUUUCACUACGUUAUGGAUGACUCUUUUUUGGAGAAUAGUCCAAGGGAUGCUGUUUUGAAAUUGAUCAAGAGAAUCAAUCCUGAUGUUUUUCUCCAUGCUAUUUAA